UUUUGUUUCUUUUUUAAUUGGUGUUUCACAAAUUAACUAAACGGAAAAUAUAUAUAACAAAGCAAGUGAUUUUUGUACGGUAUUAAAUAUUUGAGAGAAAAUUAACACGGUAUGAUUUUUAUUAUACUUGUUUCCAUUUAGGUACAUGUAUGUGGAGUUACCAGCUGGAAGAUACAAAGAUAUUAAACAUCUUAACUUAGGAAUUACGUACGAAAUCCGUUUGGAGAAUGGGAGAACGCUGUUUUAAUAUAUGGGUAUGUCUUGCCAUAACAUUCAUUGGAAUAAGUUUGGCACUGGUUGGCAUUAUUUGCUGGAGAGAGUUUCUAUUGAAAGAGAAGAAAACAGAUACAAGAAUAACUCGUGAAAACCUUAUUAAAUACUAUCCCACCAUAUAUGGUAUUUAUACAACUAAUAUUUCCUACGAAGAGAUAUUGUUAAAAGGUGCAAAACGUCUUACGCCUACCAAUGAAUAUUUCAAUUCUAAUAAGAAUUGCAGUUUCAACUGUGUAACUAAUGAAGUAGAAGGUGUACUUAGAUCGGAUCACAACCGUGCAGGUGUUUACAACCAUGGCUGUUGUAAAUCAACACGAGUCAUUGAAUCACCUCCAUUCUAUCAAAACAUAAAUGGCGUAAAUAGGGAAAUUGUACAGUUCAAUGAUACACAGCAGAUGAUAAACAUGCCGCAGGUAUUCUGGAGAGAAGAAUGCAGUCAAGCCAUGCGUUGUACUGGUUGCCGUUGUCAAUACAUUGAUCAAGCCACUUCAGCAGUUGUCUACAAAACUGGAUACACGUCAUUAACAGCCAUAUACAUUUCUCAUUUGGAAAUAGAUAUUUUUUAUUUGCAUGGAUGCUGUAAAUGCUUUAACGUAUAACACGUCUACAAUAAGUGACACUGUACAUAAUCCAGUAAAACUGUGUUUGUGUUUUAAAGAUUUUGUUUUACAUUCUUAUAUAUCCAAUUAUACCCUUAACAAAAUACUAAAAAAAGGUUAUCGUUAUUAUUAUUUACCACGGACAAGAAUGACAGAAAAAAACAUACUAACCAUAUCUAAUAACAGAAACUUAAUCGUAAAAACAACUUAUCAAAGAAGAAAUAAUUAUUUCUAAAAGUUAUCAUAAAAUUGGAUAUUGCUAAAAACCAAAAGUUAUAUCAAUUACAUAUACAGAUAGACUAUUUAAACAUGAUAUUAACACAUCUAGAAGAGUGUGUAGAAAAUAGAGUCGAUAUGAGUAAAGGAAAAAUAAGUUUAAUCACAAGAUAACAGCUUCGUUUAGGUACACAAUUGCAGAUGCGUUCAUAGUGUAUACGUAAGUGAUCUACGUGUGCAGUUAUGUUUGUGCAAGUGCGAGGCGAAAGACAACAAAGGCAUAUUCAAACCCAUAAAUUGAAAAUUAGCGGACAACGUCAUAUCUCAAUCAUAAAAAGGAAAGAGACAAAUAUAGAAUACAAACAUGUAUAGAUAACUACAGAAUGAGCCAGACAAUCCCCAUUUUAAAUUGCAGGCGAUCUCAGGUGCUCUGGAAGGGUAAGAAGAUCCCGCUCCACAUGUGUAACCCAUCGUCAUGCGCAUGUGAGUUCAAAUCAAUUGAUAAGUCUAAAUGGUAGGCCUCAUUCAUCGAAAAGGGGAGAUUGUAAAAUAUUAGAACAUAUAUGUUGUCAUCUAUGAAAUCCAUAAUAUUCAAUCCAUUGCCAUCAAUACAAUGCUUUAACAAUUAUUUAACAUAUUUGCACUAACCUCACUAAAUUGGUCAGUUUAUGUAAUUUGUCGGAAAUGAAAAUAUGUAUUUAUCAAACAAGGAUAUCCGACUAAGAACACCCUUACAAGUAACAUUGUUUGUUAUUGUACUUAUUUCGAAAUCACAAACCUACGUAAAAUCACAAUUACUAAAAAUUAUAUCUUGAAGUACAUGAGUUAGCCUGUCAAUUCUCAAAGACUUAAUGCUGCAUUCAUCGACGAACAAGGCUGCUUAUGUUGACUAAAUUCAAAUUAGAAAUCAUAAUAAAAACUAAGAAAAUUC